CAAGACCCUUUUCUCCUCUUUCUAAAUAUGGUUAUAGUUAUUCCUACUCUCUCGUCUCUCUCUAGCUGAUAGAUUACUUCCAUGGAGGCAAACUGGUAAGGCAAUUGGCAGUUGGCAAUUUGGGUUUCUUUUAAUAAGCGAUUUUGAGCUUCAAUCUGAUCGUACCAAUGAUGGAUAUGCGGGAAAUCUGCUCUAGGGCAUGAGAAUACUCGAGGGGCUUUGUUUUGAGUUCUCUUCCGUCACGGCUCCGCCAUUGCUGAUCGGUGUCUGGAUUUUCUGAUAGAUGGUGAAUCAAAAUCAUGCAGGAGAGCUGAGUGAUGGACAGGAUGAGAUUAGAUUUAAGAUUUCAUCCCUCUGGAUCAACACAAUCAGAUGAAUCUGUUCUGGAUUUGGAUCGGAAUUACUGCGGUCAUCCUAAUUUGCCUUCCUCUAGUCCUUCUCCCCUCCAACCUUUUGCAUCAGGUGCUCAGCACUCUGAAAGCAAUGCUGCCUACUUCUCAUGGCCGACAUCAAGUAGAUUAAAUGAUGCUGCAGAAGACAGGGCAAAUUAUUUUGGUAACCUGCAGAAAGGUGUUCUGCCUGAGACUCUGGGGUGUUUGCCAACUGGCCAGCAAGCUACCACCUUGCUUGAAUUGAUGACCAUUAGAGCAUUCCACAGCAAGAUUUUGCGUCGGUUUAGUCUUGGCACAGCAAUUGGGUUUCGCAUCCGAAGGGGUGUGUUAACAAAUAUUCCAGCUAUUCUUGUCUUUGUUGCUCGUAAAGUUCACAGGCAGUGGCUCAACCAUGUACAAUGUCUACCUGCUGCCCUUGAGGGGCCAGGAGGUGUAUGGUGUGAUGUUGAUGUUGUGGAGUUUUCAUAUUAUGGUGCACCUGCUCCAACACCGAAAGAACAAUUAUAUACAGAGCUUGUGGAUGGCUUGAGGGGAAGUGAUCCAUGCAUCGGUUCUGGAUCCCAGGUUGCAAGCCAAGAGACUUAUGGAACCUUGGGUGCUAUUGUACGAAGCCGAACAGGCAACCGGCAGGUUGGUUUUCUUACUAAUCGGCAUGUGGCUGUUGAUUUAGACUAUCCAAACCAGAAAAUGUUUCAUCCUUUACCACCAAGCCUUGGACCUGGUGUAUAUUUGGGGGCCGUGGAAAGGGCAACUUCUUUUAUCACUGAUGAUCUUUGGUAUGGAAUCUUUGCUGGAACAAAUGCAGAAACUUUUGUACGAGCUGAUGGGGCUUUCAUUCCUUUUGCGGAAGAUUUCAAUAUGAAUAACGUGGAUGUGACUGUAAGAGGAGUAGGUCAGAUUGGUGAUGUCAACAUCAUCGAUUUGCAAUCUCCAAUUAACAGUCUUAUUGGGAGGCAAGUGGUAAAAGUUGGAAGAAGCUCAGGUUUAACCACUGGGACGAUAAUGGCGUAUGCCCUAGAGUACAACGAUGAGAAAGGGAUCUGUUUCUUUACUGAUUUUCUUGUUGUUGGUGAGAACCAGCAGACCUUCGAUCUUGAAGGUGACAGUGGAAGCCUCAUUCUCCUAACUAGUCCAGAUGGGGUGAGACCACGGCCGGUUGGCAUUAUAUGGGGAGGAACAGCAAACAGGGGUCGCUUGAAAUUGAAAGUUGGUCAACCCCCCGAGAAUUGGACUAGCGGAGUUGAUCUAGGACGCCUACUUGAUCUCUUGGAACUUGAUCUGAUUACAACCAAUGAAGGGCUUCAAGCCGCAUUGCAAGAGCAAAGAAAUGCUUCGGCAGCAGGGAUGGGUUCUACAGUUGGGGAGUCAUCCCCGACAGAUCGAGUGCCAUUUAAGGAAAAGCUCGAAGGGAACUCAGAGCCGUUUGGUUUGAACAUUCAACAAGCUCCAAUCGUGCGAGAAUCCUUUCAAGGGCCAGCUCCAACAAUAAGGCAAAGUGAGUUUCACAUUGAAAAUGGAAUUAAAACUGCUCCGAACUUUGAACACCAGUUCAUUCCAAGUUUUACUGGCGGGUCUACAGUGCACAAAAGUAGCUAUCAAGAGGAAAACCUUGAAUCCAAAAACCUCUCAGCAUUGAGGAAUGGCUCUGAUGAGGAGAUCUGCUUUUCGUUGCGGUUAGGUGAGCCUGAACCGAAGAGAAGAAAGAACAUGAACUAUUCAGUAGGCAAUGAAGGACCGGAUGCAAAGUAGGGCCAAGUAUAUCGAAUCGCUCUUUUCUUGGAGGAACUGUCUUAUUAAGAAAUGGCUGCUUCCUUCAACACCCUAGCUUCAGGACUAGGAAUUGAGAUUCUGAUUUGCAAUUUUCUCCAAAUGCCGGAUGCUACACCGAUCAAAAGCCGGUUUGUGCCUCCUGGACCAUCUACUGCCAUAUUUUUUUUUUCCCCUUUUGGAAGAAUGGUAUAAAAUUAUAGGUAUAUGUGGGUCAUACAAAUAUUUACAGAGAUUAUUAGGGGGUACCAUGCUUUUAAUUUUCUUCAUUCGUAUCCAUCCUUCUGCAAAAAGUCGUGUACCAUAAACACCCCCCUGAAUGGGAGCAUGGACAGUAAUGGAAGUUGAAAAGAAUGUAAAAAAUGAUAUUUACUUUUGGAAGCUAUUUAUUUAGCUUGCUCAGAAGCCAAUAGAAAAGUCAUAUUUAUUUUAGAGGACGGAAGGGAGAGCAAGCUGAAGAAAUAUCAUUUGCAUCUUCCAAUUUGUUUAAUGAAUUACCAUUGUAAUAUGUUUGUAUAUGUUCCAAUUCACAAUUUCCAGC